AAAGUGACGCAACAAAGAAUUCAAUCGUGUUGUAUCUUGUAAGGAAUUUGUUGAAGUAAAAGAUAUGAUCUUGCUCGUUUCGUAUUAUUUUGCACUGACACAGCAUUGUAGGGGCGUUUCCCGAGGUUGCGGGUUCGCGUCCCGGACGGCGCGGCCCGUCCAAAACUUCUGAACCCAGACUGCUCGUGGAGGAUUCAAUCAGUAACGUAACUUCUGAGUUGACGGCUGUCAUACACAAUGUCGCCGGUUAGACUGACAGCAGUCGUAGUCAAAUGACAAUAACUAGAAUAAAGUGUCGGGAGCGCUCAUGAGACAGUCGUGUCACCGUCUACUGGAACACCAACACCCAGGAGGGGAGGAGCCCCCUCUGUACUCACCCAUAGACCAAAUUUCAGUGGUACCAGACCAUGUGGGCCGGGAGGCCGGAGGCAAGCUGACACGAUAUGCGACGACGGAGGAAGACGAGACCACACUCAGGGAGCUACUACUUAGCCUACAGAGACAGGUGAGCAUAAUGAGCAUGAAUCUAACGGCCAAACUGGAUGACCUGCAACGAGGCGACCGCCAGCUCGAGACGACCGUGGCGCUCUGCGAGAUCCGCACCCAGCUUCAGGAGUUGACCAAGAGCGUCGAAUCAUGCCAGAGUGAGGUCUCCGAGGUGAAACGUGACAUGGUCGCCAUCAAGCAAGAGUUGGAUACCGUGCAGCAAGUCAAGGAGGAGAUCGAGGAGCUGCGCGAGUACGUCGACCGACUCGAGGAGCACUCGCAGAGGCGGAAGCUCAGGCUGCUGGAACAGGGGCUUACCUUCUUCCUGUCGUACGCAAUAUUGGCAGCCGUCCUGGGCAUGUUGCAGUUCGGGUACAAUACUGGCGUCAUCAACGCUCCUGGCAAGAACAUCGCUAACUUCAUGAAGGAUGUAUACAAGAACCGGUACGGCAUGGACCUGCAGGAUGACACCGUCAACAGGCUCUACUCCAUCGCUGUCAGCAUCUUCGCAAUAGGUGGCAUGCUCGGUGGCUUCUCUGGUGGCAUGAUCGCUAACAGAUUUGGGAGGAAAGGCGGGUUACUGCUCAACAACAUCCUAGGCAUCAGCGGCGCCAGUCUCAUGGGGUUCACGAAGAUAUCACACUGCUACGAGCUCCUCAUAUUCGGCAGGUUCAUCAUAGGAGUUAAUUGUGGGUUAAACACAUCAUUAGUGCCAAUGUACAUAUCGGAGAUCGCGCCACUAAAUCUACGUGGGGGGUUGGGUACCGUCAACCAGCUAGCCGUGACCGUAGGCCUGCUCCUCUCUCAAGUCCUCGGCAUCGAGCAAAUUCUCGGUACCGACGAGGGAUGGCCUAUCUUACUUGGUCUAGCAAUUUGUCCGGCGAUCCUGCAACUAUUGUUGCUGCCCGCCUGUCCGGAAUCACCCCGGUACCUGCUCAUCACGCGCCAAUGGGAGGAGGAGGCGAGGAGAGCCCUCAGACGACUACGAGCUAGCAAUCAGGUGGAAGAAGAUAUAGAGGAAAUGCGUGCAGAGGAACGAGCUCAGCAAGCAGAGGCGUCCAUUUCAAUGAGGGAACUGCUUUGUUCUCCCACGCUACGCGCUCCUUUGCUCAUCGGUGUUGUCAUGCAACUGUCUCAACAGCUCAGUGGCAUCAACGCAGUGUUCUACUACUCCACUUCUCUGUUCACAUCUUCGGGUCUGACGGAUGAAUCAGCCAAGUUCGCCACGAUGGGUAUCGGAGCCAUCAUGGUUGGCAUGACCCUGGUUUCCUUGCCUCUCAUGGACCGCACGGGGAGACGGACUCUUCAUCUCUAUGGCCUCGGCGGAAUGUUCAUCUUCUCAAUUUUCAUCACCAUUUCAUUUCUAAUAAAGGAGUUCUUCGGCUAUGUGCAGGAAAUGAUCGAUUGGAUGAGCUACUUGUCUGUGGUGUCGACGCUGAGUUUCGUGGUGUUCUUCGCGGUGGGCCCCGGCUCCAUCCCCUGGCUCAUCACUGCCGAGCUGUUCUCGCAGGGGCCCCGCCCCAGCGCGAUGGCCAUCGCCGUAUUAGUUAAUUGGAUGGCCAAUUUCGUUGUCGGAAUUGGCUUUCCUAGCAUGAAGGCACUACUGGAAAACUAUACAUUCCUGCCUUUUAGUGUAUUUCUUGCAAUUUUUUGGAUAUUUACGUAUAAAAAAGUUCCUGAAACAAAAAAUAAGACCUUCGAAGAGAUUUUGGCGCUGUUCCGGAAUUCCAACGGGAGUAUCGGAGCAGUCUUCGGGUGGGGGCGAGGCGGGCCGGCCGCCGCCGCCGCUGCCGCCGCCGAGGUUCCCGGCCACCGGCAAUGUCUGACAAUGGGAGCCCGCUGCGAGGGCGCCACUAGUCGGCCCCAUCAAGGCCGCCGCCAACUUCUUGUUUCAUGGGCUCAGACGUCCGGCCGGCGGCCGUGCCACCAUUACUACCACACAACAAAUGUUCUAAAUCGAUGUGAUUAGGUAUAAAUCGAAAACUAGGAAUAAGUCACGGCGUAAAUUAAACAUACAUAGUUCUUUAGUCGUCAUUUUAUGACAUAAUUUAUGAAAAAAAAAUGCAUAGGUACCCUGUAAAGUGCCAUUGUUUCUUGUACCCAUUUUAAUUAGAUCUUCUCAUAAUGAAUUUUAUUGCGUAACUUCGGCCGGGUCUGGGGUUCGGUAAUUACGGUCUACAGAUUAUAUAUAGCUUCUGAUACUUAUUUAUAAAUUUACUGAUAAGUAUGUUUCGAAGGCGUGGGAGAUUCAUUAUAAAAUAGUAGGUUUUUAUCCAGUACUUAGGAGCAAGCCGGUAGGUGGGGAGAGGAACUCGCGUCUGGCUGUCUUACGCACUGCUCUGAGCCAACUAAUCCUAUGUAGAACUAAUACACUUAAAAUGGGUACGAUGACUGUAAGUGUGUCGACGUAACACGGCGCGUCACCAACAUGUGUACAAACAUGUACAUACAUGCUGUGACUUUAUUGUAUUGUUGAUUUUUAUUAUAUUUAUCUAAAUAUAUAUUAUUAUUAAAUUAUUUUACAAACGUUUUGAUUAUGUAUAUUUUUACUCAUAAUAAUUAUUGUUAAAUACGUGAUGAUAAAUAAAGUCAUAUCCAGAUGACCGAUAUUAUUAAUUAUUAUGGCAGAUGUAAUAAAUAAAUAAAUAUAAUGAACAGUAACAGUGGACAGAUUGCAAUAGUUUGCAUUCGGGAAUUGAUUACGAUUAUGCGAGAAGUUUAUCUGUACGUUACAUAGCAACAUAUAACCUGAUCUACAAGAUAUUAAGUUAUUUUAUAAUUAUGUUAAAAUAAUUUUGUAGCGUAAGAGAUAAUAAGAGGAAAUUAUUAUCUUUUUAAUUGAUGAAUAAAAAUGAAUAGCGUUAUAGUAAGUUAUACAAUUUUGUGGAGACUUUAAUAAUGUAAUGCUUUUAACUUAUACGCCCCUAGAAAGAGAAAAAAUUAAUUACUUAUUAGUUAGGUUUCAGUAGUUACUACAGGGUUAUAGUCAAUUUGUGCGUCCGUGCGUCCGUAUACUGCUCAAUUCAAUAUAUUAAGACUAAGAUGAUCCGUAGCGUGUCGUGAUUGUGCACUUAGCACGGCCUAAUGUUAAUAUGUGUGUGUGACGUCGCAGCGCUGACGUCGCUGGCAUUUAUCGCAAUAAUUGGCUCAAAUGAUAUGUCACCGGUGUGUGUGGGCUCGAGUGUGUCCGACAGGAGCGAGGAGCGCGACUCACAACUCGCAAUCGUGGGAUAUUAAAUAAAUCGAUAGGUUGCAGCGUGUGCGCCACGGAAGCGGCCCGUCCCGCCACCGUGCCGCACACCGCGCGAUCGUCUUAAUUCUAAAUUAACUAUAAGACUAAAAUAUUUUCCAAAUAAAAUAAUUAAUAAAUAAUAAUAACGAUUUAUAAUUGUACAAUUUGCAACAAUAAUGUCAUUUUUAAUUUGUAAGCAAUAAGUAGAUGGAAAUGUAAUUUUUAAUUGGUAUAGCAUUCGACAUUUUUGUAUUGUAAUAAGUCACAGUAGGUUUUUUGUAAGUUAUAUUUUUAUGAGAUAAUUGUUAUGGUUGCGUUAGCGGGCGCCACCGAUGAGAUCGGGGCGGCCGAGCUAGCCCGGUCGGCUUGUUUCGCUAGGCUCUAGCGGCUGUAGCGCGCUAUUGGCGAUAGCAAUAGAGACUGUGUCUCACAAUCAAAUACUAUUACUUAAUUAGACUAAAGCAACGUUUAUUGGUUGUUCCGAUAUUUCGGUAUUAUUAUAGUUUUACGGUCGAAAGCCCGAAGAUUUUCGAAUUCGUAGUGCGCGCAAAAUUAGCACAAGUAUGUUCUAAACGACGCACAAUAUAGGUUUCCGUUUACAUACGCAUACGAAAUAUAAGCGUACUGAGUUCUCAUUGUUUCUUGUAAUUUAACUAAUUUUAUUUAGGUUACAUUUGGUAAAUGUAAUAUUGCCACAAUGCCGUGUCACAUUAGACUGAGAAUUACAUUAAUGGGACGUAACUUUAAUUUAUGAUUGAAAUAAUAAAAACAAUAAAUGAUAAACAAAUCAAUAAUUAUUCGUAAAUGUAACAUUACCGUCGAGUUAAUAAUGUAAAUGUAACAUUUGUUACCGAUCAGUGCGCAUCACUACUUUAGUUACAUUCUGAAGGCUGUGAUCUCUGUGAAUGUGCACACAAUAACAAUAACGACCGUAUCAUUAGGUAAGUUUACUCCCAACGAGCCGUGUUACCAUGGAAUAUGUUCCCUUUAUCUUCGGGCAAGCGAUAGCGAGUAAUUUGUAAAUAAUUAUAUGUAAGUACAAACUGGUACAAGCUUCAGUCGAGCCAAUGCGACGGGUACGGAACCAUGCCAUGUUACAUUUUCAAAUAAUAUAUUGCGUUGAGUUUUGAAUAAUAUGCAACGUUGUCACUUUAAUACAUACAUUGUUAAAUGUUAAUCAAUUGUGUUAUCGACCCAAGUUGUAAGAUAUUGAUAUGUAUAGUCAAAUUAUAUAAUAGCUGAACGUUACGUUUGAGAUGUUCAAGCUUUUGAUUGUUUGUUCAUGUUGCGGGUGUAGAGAAAUAUGUCGAAGUGCUGAGCAUUGGAUCGAUUGAACUUCAGAGCCCAUUACGAUUACAACCAAUCUAUAUGUUAUUAUACAAUCGAGGCAGUAACAGGCAUUGUCGCAACGUCGCGUUGAAAUCCCCGUCACGGGUUCACCUCUACUUUUUUCCUAGGAAUUGACAAUUGAUUAGGGGAGACAGACAGACAAACAUUCAUAACGCUUUGUAAGAGAUAUGAUCUCGCGGCGUGGGCUUCGCGCUCUGGUGGGACAUAGCCUAAGCGAUAGUAAUUAGCCUUGGUUUAAACUUAUUUCAUAAAAGUUACAAGAACCUGGCCCAGUAAGGGCCAACCUGACAAAAAGAUGAGAUAAAGACUGCAAUAUGGCUGUAAUUUUCCUGCAAAUUGAAAAGUUUCGAUGUACCUAUUAGAUUUUAAAAUCUCCCAAAGUUACCCCAACGUCCGAAGGUUCAUACAUAAUAAUUAUUGAAGCUGUAAUUUGUGAAAUAAGUUGCGGUUGCCACGGCUGUCUACUGGCAGCUUUGGCGAUUUAGUUUAAGUACUUAUAUGGAAAAAAAUAAUCAGCGACAUGCGUCGGUUGGUGUGUAAAGAUAUAUGUCAGAUUUUAGAAUUGUUUUUUUGAUGUUGGUUAUAUAAAUUAUAUCAUCUUUACAAGUUAGGGGUAAGUUACAGUGUUCGAUUGUCUUGGAACUGUGUAUGGUCUAGUCAUGUUGCUCAUUAUUUUUUCGGCAAAGGUUUAUAAUUUUCCUGCAGAUAUUUAAGCACUGUACAAUUUGUACAUAGUUUUUAGAUACGUGCCGUAUUAAGGCAAUGCUCAUUUGUAGAACGAUCUGUAAAUAUACGAGUAUAUAUAUCUAUCGUCCAAUCAAAUAAAAAAAAACUAGAUACAUAUUAAUCCUUAGUAAUAAAUGGGAAAGCGAGUUUGUUAGUUACGCUUUUAUCUAUUUGCUUGAUAAACUAUUCACGGUGAACGAAGUCACGGGUAAAGUAAAGCUAGUUUAUAAUAAUUAUUCAAUGAACAAAUUUUAAUAUGAAGUAACCGAAGAAUAUAAUCUUAUUAAGCAAUAAUACAGAGUUAAUAGACGUUAUUUAAUAAAUAUUCAACGUGGAUGUUAUAUCGGUCAAGUGUCGGACUCAACUGCUAUAAAAGAUAAGAAAUGUUGGUAAUACGUUAUACAUAGUAUGUGAUUAUCCAGCUACAAUAAAAAUGCUAGGAACAGCUAGUCCUGUGUAGGUAGAACACGAACAUGCUUAGGUAGCUCUGCAGUAAAAUUACAAACUGGUCAAAGUGAAUUGGUUGUCGAGUAUUGGGCUCUCCACCACAGAUUUGUGUUUGUAACUAGGUGAUAUUGUCACGUGGCGACGAUCGACGUACGGACGUACAGAUCUACGAAAGCUAGUAUAUACCCUGUUACUUUCUAAAAAAGCACUCUCCGCAAUUUAUGCCACUAUUAAAUAUCUGAUGCGUUUGAGUUUCAUGCGGAGAAUACUCCGUACUUGUACAAAAUAAACUUGUAAAAUUUUAUUGGAACUACUUGUUAUAAAAACGUAAAAAUAUACAAAAAAAAAAUA